CGCGUUUCUGCGGCGGACCGAGUUUCCCUUUGGUGUGUUUAUGUCUGAGAAGAGAAGCAGCAGAACUGAAGGGUAUGAAGGUAUGAGCAACUGUGCUCUCCUGCAUUUCUCUCAGAAUGGAAUCUGUGCUGAAAUAUCUGGACUGGACAUCAGUGGGCUUGGCCCUGCUGGGUGGUCUGCUCUCUCUGCUUCUCAUGGAGAUCUUCAGGUGGAAUUCCUCCAGGAGCCGAAGCCCCCCUGGACCCAAACCACUGCCCUUCGUCGGUAACAUACCCCAGUUUUCAAAAGAUCAAAUGGGCUUCAUCAGAUCGUUGCCAAAAUAUGGUGAGAUGUGCUCCAUAUUCCUGGGCAGGAAGCCAACAAUCGUACUGAACAACAUGCAGCUUGCAAAGGAAGCUUUUGUUCAGAAUGGGACCGUGUUUUCUGGGAGGCCUCUUCCACCUUUACAAGCAUGGCUCACCAAAGGCUAUGGUAUUAUCUUAGCCGAUUAUGGUCACUCUUGGAGGCAGCAGCGCCGCUUUGCUCUGCACAAGCUGCGUGACUUUGGUCUGGGAAAGAAAACGGUGGAGGAACGUGUGGCUGAGGAGGCACAUUACCUCAUCAAGGAGAUGCUCAAACAAGAAGGGAAGCCUUUUUAUCCCAUCCACCCAAUUAUGAAUGCAGUUUCCAACAUAAUCUGCUCCAUCAUCUUUGGAGACCCCUUUGAGUACGACGACAAGCGCUUCGCUAAGCUGCUACAAAUCCUGAAUGAAAAUAUUCGGUUUGCUGGAUCAACAGUGGCGCAGAUCUUUCACUUGGUCCCAAUUAUAAAAUAUUUUCCUGGGCCACAUCAGAAGAUACGGCAUAAUUUCGAAGCCUUGAAAAAUUUUGUCUUUGAAAUUGUGGAGGAGCACAAGAAGACUCUGGAUCCAGACAACCCCCGUGACUUCACUGACGCUUACCUGAUCCAGAUGACCAAGGAAGAGUCAAAGGAGGACACCACAUUCCAUCUAGAGAACAUGAUGAAUUCAGUCUUUGACCUGUUCAUAGCUGGGACCGAAACUACAGCAACCACCCUCAGAUGGGGCCUCAUUUACAUGAUGGACCACCCUGAUGUGCAAGAGCGCUGUCAUGAGGAGAUCAUUCGGGUACUGGGUUUUGACCGCUCUCCCUGCAUGGAUGACCGCCCACAGCUCCCGUACACUUACGCAACUGUUCAUGAGAUCCAGCGCUAUGCUAGCAUCACUCCUCUUGGCGUGAUUCACCAAACCACUGAACCAGCACUGCUACGAGGAUACCACCUGCCCAAGGGAUCUACAAUCAUGGUCAACAUAAAGGCCAUCAUGACUGAUAAACAGCACUGGAAGUAUCCAGACACGUUCAACCCAGAGAACUUUCUGAAUGAAAAAAGACAGUUCUGCAGAAAUGAUGCCUUUCUGCCGUUCUCUUUGGGUCCGAGGGUGUGUCUGGGUGAGUCUCUGGCAAUGACGGAGCUCUUCAUCAUCUUCACCUCUCUGCUCCAGCGCUUAAAGUUCUCAUGGCCUGCUGGAGCUCCACGUCCAAACAUGGAUGGUGUUGUGGGCUUGGUUCGUUCUCCAUUCCCCUUCAAUACAAUCUGCCACAGCAGAGAGACCACCCACUGAAUCAAGUUUGCCCUUUACAUGUGAAUGGACAUCACCCCCCCAGGAGAAGUUCCUCUUCUUUAACACAUCUGAUCAGUCUCAACAAGAACACAUGAUCAAGCUCUUUCUUUCUAUUAGGACCAAUCAGAGGGAAAUGUCCAAUACGUGAUAUUCCACCAAAACUUCUACAGUUUAAAAAUAAUGAUGAGAAAUAAAGGCCAAUUCUAUUAUAUUAUAUUA